CUGGCGCCGCUACUCAACAGCAUGGCAGCGUCAGCCCGCCAGUGCCGCGCCGACCGCACAUGGUCUCAGUACCAGCCGCAGUUCGAGGCGUGGGUGGCCUUCUGCCAGCAGCACAGCGCGCCGGCCGUGGGCGCCGACCCUGAGGUGGCUGCAGCGUUCCUGACGGAGACGCGCCUCAGCGCAGCCAGGCGGGGAGUUGGGCCGCAAGCAGUCGAGCGCGCCAGCGCGGCAGUAUCCCUCCUGCACGAAAUGGCCGGCAAGCCAUCACCGUGUGCCAGCCCGAUGUGCGCACGGGUGCGGGAGGAGGCGCGGCGCACGCUCGCCGCGCAGCCCAGCAACACCGCGGCCACCAACCCCGGCGAGCAGCCAGUAGCGUCCCCAGAGGACAUCCGGGCGCUCGUAGAUAAGCACAUCCACCCCUCCACGCCGCUCGCCGUCCGCAUGACUGUCACCGGCGCCGUGCUGUGCUAUGCGGGCCUGUUGCGGUUUGACGACCUGGCGCACGUGCUAGUGCACGAAGACUUACUUCGCAUUCUGCCCGACCGGGCGGAGAUUUUCCUGUUCAAAGGAAAGACUGACCAGGCAGCCCGCGGCACGCUGGUCACCAUCGGGCGGGUGGACGGCCCAUACUGCCCGGUCGCGCUGCUGGAAACGCUGCUGCUGCAGGGCCAGUACCAGCGCCAGGCCGCUGUCCGGCCGAAGCGCGGAGGUGCCCCCGGCACCUGGGAGGACGCCGAGGACGUGGGCCCGCUGCUGCGCGCAGUGACGCGGACCGGCACGCUCGCCCAGGUCUCUGUGCGGCUGCCGGCCGUGAUCAAACCGUUGACCUAUCACACGUUCCGCAAGCGGCUGAACGAGCUAUGGGCGGCCGCGGGCGUGACGCGGAGCCUGCCGCCCCAUGCCCUGCGGCGGGGCGGCGCCACCGCUGCGGUGGCCAAUGGCGCUGACCGGAUGGAGGUGCAGAAGCUGGGCCGCUGGCGUAGCCAGCAAGUAUUCGAGUUUGCGUAUGUGCGUGAAGACGCGGCGCGCAAGCAGCGGCUCACUAGCUACCUCGGGCUGGGGGCGACCCGCCUUCAGGGCUGACAUUUACCUCGCUGAUACUAACUGCCUACUUUCAAGUCCGGGCUGACGAGAGAGUAGAGCUACCGGCCACUAUGGCAAAAUGAAACAGUGACGCUUUGUUUUGCAGGUUUCAGGUUUUGGUGACGGUUACAUUGGUUAUUGGCAGCACGGUUUCGUUGGCUGGUCUGGUUCAGUGGUCAUGGACUUAUGUAUAUGUAACAACUCGAGGAACAAGAAGCGACGGCUUCUCUAGGAGGCCGCAGGCUGACAGAGAAGGCUAGUUCUUGUGACGAUGAGUUGUACGGCUUGGCACGAAGUGCCUUAAGCCUCCGGCGUCUGCCUUUCAGGCAUCCGCCGUUGUAGCAUUAUUACUCUACUCAUUUUAUUGCUAUCUAUACAAGCCGCCCUCCCACCCUGCUUUGUAUGCGGGCGCCGGGCUGGGCCGCGCCGGUGCUGCUGGGGCUGACGAGUGAGUAGAGCUGCCGGCCGCGAUGGCCGGGCUGACGAGAGAGUAGAGCUACCGGCCACUAUGGCCGGGCUGACGAGAGAGUAGAGCUACCGGCCACUAUGGCAAAAUGAAACAGUGACGCUUUGUUUUGCAGGUUUCAGGUUUUGGUGACGGUUACAUUGGUUAUUGGCAGCACGGUUUCGUUGGCUGGUCUGGUUCAGUGGUCAUGGACUUAUGUAUAUGUAACAACUCGAGGA